CCAAGGGAGAAGCAAACGCGUCUGCAGGGGGCAGAGACCGCAGCUACCUGGCCGGUGCGUCCCCCACCUCAGGCGCGCCUGCUUUUACUCCCCCCUGCUUUUAUCCCCCACCCCCACCUCCUUAUUGGUGCUGGUUUACAGCGCUCGGCUCCUGCGCCUUCGCUUCGCGUUUGAAUCUGGCUCGCCCCUCCGUAUUAUGUCUGCACUCCGAAGGAAAUUUGGGGACGAUUACCAGGUAGUGACCACCUCGUCAAGCGGCUCGGGCUUGCAGCCCCAGGGGCCAGGCCAGGGCCCGCAGCAGCAGCUUGUGCCCAAGAAGAAGCGGCAGCGGUUCGUGGACAAGAACGGCCGGUGCAAUGUACAGCACGGCAACCUGGGCAGCGAGACUAGCCGCUACCUUUCGGACCUCUUCACCACCCUGGUGGACCUCAAGUGGCGCUGGAACCUCUUCAUCUUCAUCCUCACCUACACGGUGGCCUGGCUCUUCAUGGCGUCCAUGUGGUGGGUGAUCGCCUACUCCCGGGGCGACCUGAACAAAGCCCACGUAGGCAACUACACGCCCUGUGUGGCUAAUGUCUACAACUUCCCCUCUGCCUUCCUCUUCUUCAUCGAGACCGAGGCCACCAUCGGCUAUGGCUACCGCUACAUCACCGAUAAGUGCCCUGAGGGCAUCAUCCUCUUCCUCUUCCAGUCCAUCUUGGGCUCCAUCGUGGACGCCUUCCUCAUCGGCUGCAUGUUCAUCAAGAUGUCCCAGCCCAAGAAGCGCGCCGAGACGCUCAUGUUCAGCGAGCACGCGGUGAUAUCUAUGAGGGACGGCAAACUCACGCUCAUGUUCCGGGUGGGCAACCUGCGCAACAGCCACAUGGUCUCCGCGCAAAUCCGCUGCAAGCUGCUCAAAGGAUGACUUGUCAAGCUCGAACAUCAUACACUGAAGAUGAAGUUCUUUGGGGUCAUCGUUUUUUUCCUGUAAUUUCCUUAGAGGAAGGAUUCUUUAAAGUCGAUUACUCCCAAUUCCAUGCAACAUUUGAAGUCCCCACCCCACCCUACAGUGUGAAAGAACAGGAAGAAAUGCUUCUCAUGUCGUCCCCUUUAAUAGCACCAGCCAUAACUAACAGCAAAGAAAGACAUAAUUCUGUGGAAUGCUUAGAUGGGCUAGAUGACAUUAGUACAAAGUUUCCAUCUAAGCUGCAGAAAAUUACUGGAAGAGAAGACUUUCCAAAAAAACUCUUGAGAAUGAGUUCUACAACUUCAGAAAAAGCCUACAGCUUGGGAGAUUUGCCCAUGAAACUGCAACGAAUAAGUUCAGUUCCUGGCAAUUCAGAAGAAAAACUGGUAUCUAAAACCACCAGGAUGUUGUCUGAUCCCAUGAGCCAGUCUGUGGCUGAUUUGCCACCAAAGCUUCAAAAGAUGGCUGGGGGAGCAGCCAGGAUGGAAGGGAAUCUUCCAGCCAAAUUAAGAAAAAUGAACUCUGAUCGAUUCACAUAACAAAACACCCCCCCCUUAGGCAUUAUUUAAUGUUUGAUUUAGUAAUAGUCCAAUAUUUGGCUGAUGAGGUAAUCCUCCCUAAGGAGUAUGAAAGGUACAUUUUUCCUUACAGUUCUAUAUGCAUAUUUGAGAACCUUCCUUCCCAAGUAUUGCUGCUGUGCAAAGAGCAAAAUUAUGAAGGGAGGACAUUGUAAGGGCAUGUAUUAUCACAUCAAGCAUGCAAUAAUGUGCAAAUUUUGCCUUUAGUUUUAUGGCAUGAUUUAUAUAUGGCAUAUUUAUAUUGUAUAUUCUGGAAAAAAAUAUAUAUAUAUUUAAAGGAGUGGUAUUCUCCCCGAGAUUUCUAACACAUUUAUUAAGCCAAACAUGAGUGAAUAGUUUUCAGGGCGAUAAAACUUUAUAUAUAUAUAUAUAUAUAUAUACAUAUACACACAACACACACACACACACACACGUAUGUGUGUGUAUAUAUAUAUAUGCACACACACCUAUGUAUCUGAUAAAAUUGUGAUGUUUUGUUCAAAGUUGUAGUUCUUGUGCAUGUUUAUUAGACUACAAGGCUUCUGGCAUUAAUUAAAUAUUAAUACCAAAUAUUUUAGCCUUAAAUUAUUUGUCAUUUUAGAAUCUAAUUUAAUGUUUUCUGCUGUUUAAGGUCUUGGGAGAUUUUCAAUUGUAUUUUAUAUGAGAGAGUCUCACAAGUUUGUACUAUUUAUGACCCUGCAAAAAAUAUAACCAUAAUAUAUUUAACUUGUAAAUUUUAAAGGGUGCCAGUACAUGGUAUAUCAUUGAAAAUUUCUUAUAAUUUUUAAAAGUUGCUAGUACUAGGGGGAAAUAAACAUUGAUUAAUUUGAGAAUUGGUAAUUUCCUUGGCUAAUUAAAACCUAGAAGUCUGUUCUGUAUACAAUAUAAUACAAAUGUAAGUUCUGGACAAAUGCCGAGUCAUGAUAAUAGUCAGUAGCCAAGUUAUAUUGAAUAUAACAGAAUCUGCGUUUAAUUAUAUAAUUAAGAGUCCCUAUUUUAAACUGAGUUAUUUGGAAAUAUUUUAACUGUUUUUCUGGAAUUUUUGUCAUUUUAAAAAUCAAUAAUUUAUCCUUAAGGAGUGGUGAGAACGCAAUGAAAACAGAUGAUAAAUAUUUAUGCUUAAAAUAUGUAUGUCUAAUUGAGUCUCUUUUCUAUGCUGUUUCCUUGUUGAUGGUAUUUGUUGUAGCAGGAUUGAUUUGUUUCCUUGCCUGGGGAACCUAUUCCAUGUCUGCCACUCAAAGUUCAGGAAGAAUGUAUUGUACAGAGAUGAGAGAAUUUAAUAUAGAUGCAUUGAAGAUACCUUACAAGUAGAUAGUUUUUUUUGUUGUUGUUUAUUUAUCUGGUGAAUACCAAUUUUACCCAAAUAAUUUUAGUGGUACUGUUUUUUUUAACCCCAUGGUCUGAUAUUUAUGACUCAUUAGCAGGAAUCACAACUACUGAUCCAGCAGAACACCUACAAAAUAAAAAUUUAGAAUGCAGAGAUUUUUAUGAAAAUUUAGAAGAGCUCCCUAAAUAUCAUGGGUUUUUCUAUAAAACUUCCUUGGGCAUAGCAAUACUAAGUCUGCCCAGAAUUGGUUCACUUCUCCUCAUUGACAUGUAAAUCCUUAGUGGCUGAUUAGGGCUCCCAUCAUUUCCCAUUUUAUAGCAAUCCUGUGAUGAUUUUCUUAUUGGCAGAUUAUUAUAUCAACAAUUCUAUUAUUGACUACAAUAAUACCUUCUGGCUACCUCUGUAUCAAACAAAUUCUGUAGGUGCAAACAUAUACCAGGGCAUUGUUACCGGCAAAAUGGUCAACCUUGAGCAUCCAUCCACUGUGAAUAGAGCAAGUUGCCCUACUUCUUUUCCCUCCCAAACUUUCUUAUUUUCUGAAUGUAGGUAAUGAAAUACUGGCAGGGUGGGAAGGGGGCCCACUGGGCAUAAUAUAUUAGCAGUGCAAGAAACCGCAAGAAUCUUUAGUCCAACCACUUAAAACUAAAUGGAGCCAUAAUUUAAUUUGGAGAGUCAUUUUAAUUUUUCUUUGGCACCAAGGAAAAUAUGGAACCAAAAACAAACUCUCUAAAUGUAUUCAUUCAUUCAGCAAAAUUUUUGCAUGCUUUUAAUGUCUUGGG